AAAGAAUAAUAAUAACACAUAUUCUAAAACUUUCCUAGUAUGAAUUUAAUAACCAUACAUAUAUAAACUUUUUAUUGAGGAGUACUCGCAGAUUGUUUGUCAGUAUGGACUUUUUUUUGCUUAAUUUGGCGCAAUAUUUACAGAACUAUUCAAUAUAUCAUGUUUAUCAUGUUUAACAUGACUUUGCCCCUUGAGCAUAAAAGCAUUUGGUGUUUAGGAAUUACUUACCACAUACAUAUUUUUAUUAAAUCAAAGCCACAAUUCUAAAAAUAUAACAUGUAUCACGUGUAUGUGACAUAUCUAUAUGUAUGUAUAUAGUGGUUAUGCAUAAAAAAACAACAUUGUUCAUUUUUGAUAUUUAACGCAAUUUAUUUAUAAUAUGUAAUAACAAACCAUAUAUAAUAUAGUAGUCAUGGAGGAAUCUGAAGAUUUUCUAGCAUCUCAUUUUGAGCAUGUUUUAAUAAUGUAAAAUUGAAGUACAGAAAGAAUUUUACAAUUCUUUGUAAAUAAAUUAAAUUCGUUUCUACUUUCCAUAAUAGAAAUUUCUAAUUUCCAUUAAAAAAAAUACAUUUUACUUGAAAUUUUGCCUAUCACGUCAUUUAUAUUAAUUCUUAAUUAUUUGAAUAUGUCCUAAUAUUCCCCCAUUGUAUUUACUCUAAUUUAAUUUAAGAAAUAGUACUAUUGGAAAAUUGUGUUUUCUUUUUUUACAUAAAUUACGUAAAGUAAGGGAAUUAAUAUUGCUUUUAGUUUUACCCCACUAGAAUUAUAAAGAUCGUGUUAAAGCUAAGUCUGAGUAAGGUUCAACCACCGCGAUUCAAAAUUGUUUGUUGUUGUUGUUAUAGCGAAAAAAAUUGGUCAAAAGAUGAUGCAUGUAUUUAAAGUAUCAAAAUUUGGACGCUCCAUGCAAAAUUUUUCGUGUUAUAAGGUAAUAAUAAAAUUUAUACUAAUUACAGAACAUAAAUAUUAAUUAAAUCAUAUGUAACAUAACUAAUAUAUUUUAUGAAUGUUUAAGUUUAUUUAGUAAAUUUUAAUUUUGAUCAGAUCACCUGGCUUUUUGAAACAGCUGCCCCUAUACAAGGAAGUUUUCAAAUAGUGAACUUUACUUCUGUGAUGAUAUUGAAAACAGUAAAUGUAUAUACAUAUAUUAUCAGAUAAUAUACAAAAAGAAAUGGCAAGCUUGCGAAACUUAUUCGAGACUUAUACGAGAACAAAUAAAAAUAUGUGUUGGGUAUAAAACCACAAUUAUUAACUUCCUAUUUUUUAAAUCAUAUUUAUUCAAUUGUUUUUUGUCAUGAUUGUCAAAAAUUAAAUUAAAUUUUCAAUGUGGCCAGUCAAAGUUGCGAUAAAAAUUAUUCCUCACAUAAUGCCGAACCCCGCACCAACAUCUUAUCGGGCAAUACAGGGCUUCGCUUGUUAUUUAUGUUCAGUGUUGCUGUUUACUUUGUAUAUUAUUUGGGUUCUUGCGCCGUUGAAGCAGCUGGGGUUUCAAAAUUUUCCAUACAAAUAUUUGGCAUUAUGCAUGACCAAUGUGGUGUCGUGUUUUUUGGUUAUGAUUUAUUACGUUUUUUAUCCUGCAAUUAAUUUGGCAAUGACCCCGAACGUCGACGAAAUAUCGGCAAUCAUAGACGUAAAACUAUUAACACGUGGCAAUGAAUUGGAAGAUGUAAUUAAUUGGAAGACAAUAAAACAUUUGGAAAAUGUGCAACGACGACAAUCUAAGGAAAUAUCGUUAGAAAACAAAAUUAUGGAAAACUGUCGUUGCUGUAAGGGAGCUCAACACGAGGUGAAUGUGAUUACAACAAUACCUACGCUGUAUCACAUCGACUUGGCUGAAAUUAAUCGUUUAGUAUAUGAUUAGCUUAUAAUUAAAGAAUGUCACUAGUCGUAGAAUAAACAUAUGUUUUUGGUUAUGUACGUACAUACAUAUAAAAUUCGUAAUAAAUAAUAGGAGAAAAGAGUUUUGAAUUUGAAACUAA